AUGUCUGAUCCAUAUGAUCGUUCCCCUUAUUAUCCAGUUAAACUGGAAGCUGCUGAAGAAGACUCUGAACCAGAUGGAGAUUUGAUUCAAAUAUACAGCCACGAAUCAAAUCCAAUUAUUGGUCAACAACCAACCACCGAUCAAAAUUUCUUCCAACUUUCAUAUCAACCAGAAAUUCAAAAUCAACAACAACCACAACAAGAGGAGGAAGAAGAAAAUGAUGGAGAAGAGGAUGGCGAUGAAGAAGAGGAAGAGGAAGAAGAGGAUGAAGAACAAUUGGAUGAUGAAGAACGAGUUGAACCACCAAUAGUUCAACAAGAAAUGUCAAUGGAUCAUCCAUCAUCAUCAUCAUAUAAUAUGCAAGUUGAAUAUAAUCAAAACAACAACAACACCAACAUGUAUUCUUCAAUAAUGACACCAAGAGGUGGUGGUGGUGAUGAAAUGAUGGAUGAUACAUAUACACCAAGAAGUGAGGAACAACCUCCUUCAACUCCAUCUAUAUAUCAACACCAACAACAUUUAAUGUAUUCAACACCACCACAAACACCACAAACUCCAUCAACACCAUCCACAUAUUAUCCAACAACCAGCAUGACUUCAACAUCUACUGCAACAACCUCUUAUUACCAACGGAUGGCCUUGCCAUCUUCUACAUCUUACCUUUCACCAUCUUCAUCAACAUCAUUUUAUUUCCCUCCACCAAAUAUACAACAUCAUCAACAACAUCAUCAACACCAACCCGUUGAAUCAAGAUCACAACAACAUCUUCAAAAUUUGGAAUAUAUUAACAAACCAAAGAUGAGACAACAAUCUUUUCAACAACCUCAACAACAACAACAACAACAACUAUCACCACCACUCACCCCAAAAAUUUUACAUAGUAGUCAAGAUGGAUCUGGAUAUUAUUAUGUUGGUAGCGAUCAAUCAUCAAUGAAUAUGUAUCCGCCGCCGCCACAUCCCAAUACUCUUCAUCCUUAUACAUCACAACAACCACCACCAUCCCCUCAACAACAACAACAACAACAAUAUUCCACACCACCCAACUUUUCAUUGUAUCAUUCUGGACCACCAACACCUACUUUGACAUCACAACAACAACAACAACCAAACCAACAAAUUAUUUAUCAUAUAUCAAACAAUCCCAUCACUUCCGAUACUAACCAUAAUUAUCAAAAUCUUCCGAUUCAUACCAGGAGGAAUGUACAUGUACAACCUUUAUUAAAUCUAUCCAAUAGAGCACCCCCACCCAACACUAGAUCACCGCCACUUACACCCACCUCUCCCCAUACACCUCAUUCACCAUAUCCACCCAACUCUCCCUAUCCACCAAACUCUCCUUAUCCACCCAACUCUCCUUAUCCUCCACAACAAUCAUAUGGAACUGUGAUGUACCCAAUGCAACGAAUUAAUAAUGGUGAACCAUCGUCAUCAUCGUCGUCGCUGUCAAUGUUGACAGGAAGUGGAGAGACACCACCACUGACACCCAUGCCAAUGUCACCGCAUGUUACACCGCACAAUCAUCAACAAUAUAGUCCUCAAAUGUCACCACUCUCUACACCACCCAUCACACCUCCAUCUGUAUAUUUCCCAAGUACUUUUUCUUCACCUACCAACUCUCCAAGAUUACCUCCCAUCUCUGGAGGAGGACAGACUUCUCUACUACAAGUUCCCAAUUCACCUCGAGUCGAUGGAAAUACAGCAAUGCAACAAGCACACUUGAUCAAUCACAAAAGACAAUACGACUUUAGUUUGGACAAUGCAUUAAAGAGUGUUUGGAAGACGGCCAAUGAAGAUAUACAAAAUGCAACCGUCAUUAAUAUUAAAACCAAUCCACUUCCACUGGCACGUAUCAAGAAAAUAAUCAAAUCUGAUUCUUCGGUCAAGAUGAUCAGUUCCGAGACACCCUAUUUGUUUGCAAAGGCAUGUGAAAUAUUUAUUCUAGAGUUGACUGCCCGUUCUUGGGUCCAUACCGAUCUUGGCAAACGUCGCACUCUUCAACGAUCAGAUAUUGUCCAUGCAGUCGCUCACAAUGAGACAUUUGACUUUUUAAUCGAUACCGUUCCACGUGACGAAAUCAAACCAAAACGGUUGGAUGAUCCCCUCAAGGGUACAACCUAUUACAAUUCACAUGAUGGUCUACAACAUUUACAAUACCUUCAUCUCCAAAAUCACUUGAAUGAAAUUAAAAGAAAUGCAGCUUUUAAUGGAACAAGAAUCUAUAUAGAAACUUCAAAACUACCAAAUCAACAUGAUAAAAGAACACUUUAUAAACAACGUUUACAAUAUCAUCAUCCUUUUAAAAAUCAUCAUCAAAAAUUUCCUCAACCAAAACAACAACAAAGACAACAACAAAAUCAACAAACAUUUAAUAAUAAUAAUAAUAAUAAUAAUAAUUUUACAACUCCAAGAUCAUUAGCAAUUGAUGAAAAUGAAGAAGAUGAAGAAUUUGAGGAUGAUUAUUCAGAUGAUUAG